AUGGAGCCGCUCGGAACGCUGCUGCUGCUGCUCUUCUUGGCGACGAGCGGGGCGGAACAGCCGCGGGAUUCCCUGCGGGAAGAGCUGCUGCUCAGCCCGCUCCCGUCGGGGGACGUGGCCGCCACCUUCCAGUUCCGGACGCGCUGGGAUUCCGACUUGCAGCGGGAGGGCGGUAAGGGGCGGGGCCUGUCGCGACAGAGGGUUUUUUUUGGGGGGGGGGAAGCGAAGCAUUAUCUGGAAAGGGGGUCCCUGUGAACCCCGGAGACAGGGCUUCUCCGGCUCCAGUUGGGUGGGUGGUUGGACUACAAUUCCCAUCAGCCCCAGCAAGCAUGUCUAGUAGCAAGAGGUGAUGGGAGUUGUAGUUCCACAAGGUUCCCCCUCACACACCUGAUGCCUUUCCCCUUUGGAAAAGAAUGAAUGAAUGAAUAAAUCCAUCCAUUCUGUUGUGGGUGCUUUGUAGUCGAGGUUCUUUCAUUGCAGGGGGGUUGGACUCUUGGGUUCCUUUCUAACUCUACCAUUCUGGGAUUCUGGCGCAUGAAUACAAGAGCACUCUCCUCUCCCAUGUUUUCCAGCAACAGGUAUCUGGAAGCACUGCUGCCACCGACUGCAGGGGUAGAGAGGAUCAUGUCUAGUAGCCAUUGGGGAGUGGUGGGGACUCUGAACUGCCAGGAGUACAAGCCAGUCUCACUGGGAAAGCAUAAAAGGCCUGAGGUAGUAAAUGGAAAAUGAGUGCAGCAAAGGGUCAAGGAACCCUGAGCAAUAAUAGAUUGAGGGAUAGGCUACUUACUGGGUGACUUGCAUGGGUGCCAGCAGGACUGCAGCAGCAUUCCUCUUCAAUGGAGCAGGAGAAGGGAAAGUGAAUUGGGGAGUGGGGCAGGUGGAGAGGUUGAUGUGAAGCUAUGCUGUUGUAAUGCUCCUAUUUUUUCCCCCUGCUCCCUACAGUCUCUCAUUACCGGCUAUUCCCCAAAGCCCUUGGCCAGCUCAUUUCCAAGUACUCGGUGCGCGAACUGCAUCUCUCCCUCACUCAGGGCUUCUGGCGGACACGGAGCUGGGGACAGCCUUACUUGCAAGCUCCGGCUGGGGCUGAGCUCUGGGUUUGGUUUCAGGAGUCUGUCUCUGAGUAAGUAAGCCUGAGCUGAUUUUACUUGAUUGAAGGGGUCUCAGGUAAAUCAUAAGAAGGCUGUUGCAUUCUACUUUUCUCGCCUGCCCACCUCCUCAUGGCAUAAGUGCAUAAACAAGAUAAAUUUCAAAGGUCCAUUCCAUGAAGGCAAUCAUAUGGUUUAAAUGAGCGGACGUUGUUCCUUCACUUUCAAAUUCUGAUGUCUCUUGGGUCUUUCCUUUGCAUUGAACAAUUUUGCCAAAGGCUGCCAAGGCCCACUGGGACAUCCCAACACCUAAAUCAGUGGUAGCCUCUAGAAGGGCCAUAGUUCUUCUCCCUUGCUGUUUCAUCAGAAUAGGCAUGAGGUGGUGGUCUCUGGACCCUGGGGUGCCAAUUGUAGCCCUCUAAGCUUCUCUGUCUGGCUCUCAGGACUCUCCGUGCCAAACAGCCAAUUUUCAGGCCAUACCCCUCACAGUCCUUGCUUCACAGCCUCUUUGACUGAUUUUUGCCAGACUGGAAUGUGCUCUUGGAGUCUGAUAAUACCUCUUGCUUGCUUGGGUGAAGGAAACAGUGCUGUGUAGAAAGUUUCCCAUGAUGCAAAGGUAAAAUGUGUGUCCGUUUCUCUGUCCACGUUUGCCUCUGGCCCCACCCACAAGUAUGUGGCCCCCAGAAGGGUUCCCAUUCCUGGAGUAGGCCAUCAGGUGCUAGAUGGUGCUUGUAGCUGUGGGUUGUGAACACGGCUCAUUUCCAUUUACAGUGGUACCUUGGGUUACGAACUUAAUUCAUUCUGGAGGUCCGUUCUUAACCUGAAACCGUUCUUAACCUGAGGCACACUUUUGCUAAAGGGGUCUCCCGCUGCUGCCACGCGAUUUCUGUUCUCACCCUGGGGCAAAGUUCUCAACCCGAGGUACUACUUCCAGGUUAGUGGAGUUUGUAACCCAAAGUGUUUGUAAUCCGAAAUGUUUGUAACCUAAGGUACCAUUGUACAGUGGUGCCUCGCAAGACGAAAUUAAUCCGUUCCGCGGGAGUCUUCGUCUAGCGGUUUUUUCGUCUUGCGAAGCAAGCCCAUUGACGGAUUAGCGCUAUUAGCGCUAUUAGCGGUUUAGCGGCUAUUAAAGGCUUAAAGGCUUAGGGGAUUAGCUGCUAAAAGGCUAUUAAAGGCUAUUAAAGGCUUAGCAGAUUAGAUAAAGGGGGGGAAAAGCGAAAAAAAUCUCAAGACUCGCAAGGUAUUUUCGUCUUGCGAAGCAAGCCCAUAGGGGAAUUCGUCCUGCGAAGCAACUUCAAAACGGAAAACCCUUUCGUCUAGCGGUUUUUCCGUCUUGCGAGGCAUUCGUCUUGCGGGGCACCACUGUACUAGCUCUACCGUGCUAAUGUAGUACUGAAGCAAAGCCUGAGCUAUUCAUUAUUUUAUUUUAUUUUGAAUUUUAUAGAAAGCAUCUCCUGCCACUAGAAUGGCACCUGAAGUGAUGUACAACUGCAAGCACGGUCUAUGACUUGAAAACACAUUUGCUUUCCAAAUGGCAUCUUGCAAGUUUCAGGCAAAUCAUUCACAGUAAAUGUGUAUAUUUUUCAUUUUCAGCGUUGACAAAGCUUGGAAAGAUCUCAGCAACAUCCUCUCAGGAAUAUUCUGUGCCUCUCUGAACUUCAUUGAUUCCACCAACACUGUUGUUCCAACAGCAUCCUUCAAACCUCUGGGAUUGGCAAAUGGUAAGAGAUUGGGCUAUUCUGGCCUGGAAGGGCUUGUUUUGCAAGAAGGGGCACUGCUAAAUUGCAGCUGGUUCUAGAUACUUAAAUGACAAAUGGUUGUGUCCAGUGUAGCACUUAAGUUGUCCCAUCAGUGCAAUGAUAUUUCCCCCCCUCUACCCCCUGUGCACCACCUAAAUAUUUUCUCUGGGUUCCCAAACCCUCUGGCACAGAUUUGGUGAGAGUGCAGGGUGCAUGCAGGGGAAGGAGAGAGAAAAGUCACAUUGUACAAGUGGGAAUCCUUGUGUUGUUGGCAUGUAUUAGUUGGUGAAAUUAAAGGGAGACCGGAACUUCUUAGAAACACCCAAGUAUCUUGUAGCAGCUUAAAAAUUAACAAAUGUAUUAUGGCAUAAGAUUUUCAAAAAGUUUUGGGGGUGCUGAAAGGCUCGACAUUUUUGGAACGUCUGCCCAUCUCCUUGUUCGUUAUUCUGAUUAGGGUUGCUGGUUUUGUAAUUAAUCUGUGUUUCUUGAGAGCAUUGUAAGGAUUGUUUGGGCUGACUGGGUAAUAAGAAUUAAUUGGAAUUGGGCCAAUGCCAUAGGUUUUGACUUAGUUUUUAAAUGUGUUUAUUGAUUCUCUUUGACUGUUUUGUUUAUAUUACUUUGAACCAUUAGGAUAGCACAGACAAUAAUUCAAUAAAUAAGUGGUUUGUGUGAUUAUAAUACCUAGCUUUUAAUAGUAGAAUCAAAGAAUUGUAGAGUUGGAAGGGACCAUGAGGGUCAUCUAGUCCAACCCCCUGCAAAGCGGGAAUCUCUUGCCCGACGUGUGGCUCAAACUCACAACCCUGAGAUUAAGAGUCUCACACUCUACAGUAGUUCCAAGUAUUCCACGCUUGUGACCUCAGUAAUCCUUAAAGGAAUUCAAUCUAGUAGUAGUACCCUUUACGUCAGAUGCCUGCUUUUCUUAAGGCUAGCUAGUGAAUUCAUGGCGGAGGCAAGAUCUGAAGGCAGAUGAUUUCUAGAAGCUGACUUCCAUCAUCAUAUUGAGAGCAUUUUAUUUUAUUUUAAAUUUUAUAUACCACCAAUGGGCACCCAAUCACUUCCUGGAAUUCAUCAUGCUGGCUGGGGCUGAUGGAAAUUUCAGCAACAUCAAGAGGAGGAGGGCCACAUGUUCUAACCCUUCCCCUCCCUCCUUCAGUUACAGACCACCAUUUCCUACGAUAUGCCGUCCUUCCCCGUGAAGUUGUCUGCACUGAGAACCUCACACCCUGGAAGAAGCUGCUGCCAUGCAGCUCAAAGGUGAGGCACAUUCCUGUGAUCAUGCAGGUGGAGCCUUGAACCAACCUGUGUCAUUGCUCUGGAUUCCCUCAUCCUAGCCCCCCCCCCCAAGCUUGCACAUCUGAAGCUUUGGGACCUUGUUCUCAAUUGGAGCAAGUACUCUGGAGGAGAGUGAACUACGUGCGCACUGUUGCAUGGUGCUUGUGCUUGUUUCUAGCUAUUGUCGUUUAGUUGUGUCCGACUCUUCGUGACCCCAUGGACCAGAGCACGCCAGGCACUCCUGCCUUUCACUGCCUCCUGCAGUUUGGUCAAACUCAUGCUGGUAGCUUCGAGAACACUGUCCAACCAUCUCGUCCUCUGUCAUCCCCUUCUCCUUGUGCCCUCAAUCUUUCCCAACAUCAGGGAGUCUUCUCUUCUCAUGAGGUGGCCAAAGUAUUGGAGCCUCAGCUUCACGAUCUGUCCUUCCAGUGAGCACUCAGGGCUGAUUUCCUUCAGAAUGGAUAGGUUUGAUCUUCUUGCAGUCCAUGGGACUCUCAAGAGUCUCCUCCGGCACCAUAAUUCAAAAGCAUCAAUUCUUCAGCGAUCAGUCUUCUUUAUGGUCCAGCUCUCACUUCCAUACAUCACUACUGGGAAAACCAUAGCUUUAACUAUACAGACCUUUGUUGACAAGGUGAUGUCUCUGCUAUUUAGGAUGCUGUCUAGGUUUGUCAUUGCUUUUCUCCCAAGAAGCAGGUGUCUUUUAAUUUCGUGACUGCUGUCACCAUCUGCAGUGAUCAUGUUCUGUACUACGGAGCAAAAGUUCAGCCGUAUUUUCUUUUUUCUUCCCAGGCUGGCCUGGCUGUUCUGCUGAAGGCUGAGCGCUUGUUCCACAGCAGUUACCACUCCCAAGCUGUGCACAUCCGCCCCAUUUGCAGGGUGAGUCCUUGAAGGAUUUGGUGUUGUGUCAUAAAUUGGUGGAAAGAGCUGGAGACAGGAUCCCCAAUCACCUAUGAUCUGCCAAAACCUAUGAUCACAUUUCACAAGCCUUACCUUAGAGCAGGCAUCUGCAAACUCAGCCCUCCAGAUGUUUUGGGAUUACAACUCCCAUCAUCCCUAGCUAACAGGACCAGUGGUCAGGGAUGAUGGGAAUUGUAGUCCCAAAACAUCUGGAGGGCCGAGUUUGGGGGUGCCUGCCUUAGAGCUGCCCUUGCUCCUGCCAUUUCUGAUGCUUUGUCCUUCUCUCUCAGGAUGCCUCGUGCUUGAGCAUGUCCUGGGAGCUCAGACAGACCCUCACGGUUGUCUUUGAUUCCUUUGCCAGCGGCCAUGGAAAGAAAGGUAACUCAAAUCGCCCUGCAGCACGUCACCACUCUGCUAUGGUUACAGCGGUUUAUUCACUUCUUAAUAAUGACCUUUGUGCCAUUCUCCCACCAGAUUGGUCUCUCUUCAAGAUCUUCUCCCGCACUCUUACUGAAGCGUGCCCACUGGCGUCUCAAAGCAAAGUCUACGUUGACAUUUCCAGUAAAGGCCAGGUAACCUGUCCUUUCCCCAGUAACCUUGCAAUAGGACUAGGACAUCAGGACUUUUAGGAGAUGCCCACCUUACUCAGAGCUCUCUCUGGGUGAACGAAGCUUGAUGGAAACCCCAGAUGUAACUGAGCGGAAUACAUCAUACCUCAAGUUACAGCCGCUUCAGGUUGUGUUUUUUCAGGUUGCGGACCGCCGAAACCCAGAAGUACCGGAACGUGUUACUUCCGGGUUUCGGCGGUCAUGCAUGCUCAGAAGCACUAAAUCACGCUUUGCACAUGCGCAGAAGCGCCAAAUUGCAACCCGUGCGUGCGCAGGCGCGUUGCUGCGGGUUGCGGAUAUGCAUCCCACACGGAUCACGUUCGCAACCCGAGCGUUCACUGUAUAUAUAAUCAAGAGGAUUUAACCAGAUGCUUACAGUUCUUUAGGUGCUUUGUGUCUCCAGUUAUAUUACAGAGUCUUGAGAGUAGAGGGUUGCUCAAAUAAUCUCCAUGUGUAUAGCCAAUGCAUGGAAUUGGACCCCCACCCCACUGGCUAUACCCUCAAACAACAGUGAUUGGGAGGAGAAACUACAUGCCUGCAUCCGUAAGCAUGUAGGUUCUUCACCUAAUUAGGAACCCUCUGCAAUUGUGAAUAUAGCUUUAUAUAGGCUUACUUUUCAGUUGUUGUGCUGGGUGCACAGAUUGCUUCUUUCUCGGUGAUAUCCAGUGUUAGUUAUACUCAAGAGUAGAUCCAUUGAAAUAAAUGGAUUUUAUUUCGCCACCCUGGGCUCCUUUUGCAGGGAAGGGUGGGAUAUCGCCCUCUGCUUUUCAAAGUAUGUUGUAAUGCGGUCUGCAGAGAUGUUUUUAUCCUGUAAAACAGGCCAGAAAGCUUUUAAAUAAAUAUGAGAAUUGGGGCCAGUUGAAGGUAGUCUCCCCCACGUACCCUGCCCCCGUGCUGAAUAUACACAAAAAUAUGACAUAGAUGGGCUGGUUAUCUUUUUGAUGGCUAAUAAUGAUUUUGCUUUAUUUUGUUUAUGUUUCCAGGAGAAAGAGUUACUUGAAGUUUCCCCAGCUCCUUUGUCUGUACAUGAAGCAUCCGUCCAAGGAGACAGGAGAACAUACGCAGUCUAUGAUCUCCUGAACCCAGGACUUUUUAAUGGCUCUCGCAGCCUCAAUGUGCAACUAAAAUGGAAGCGCCCUCAGGAUGGCUGUGAGUUAUCAAUGGCUUUCCUGUCUCUAAUGUGUUGUCCUCUCUUAGAUCACUAGAAAAUGGACACUUUUUGAAUGCGAGAGACUCGUGCUGUGCAUCAUUUAAGCUUAUUCAUUUAUAAACCGGGACACAUCUAGUGGUAGUCACAGCAGAAAAAUAGUACAGCUACUUUUCUGCUGGGACUGCUACCAGACUUGUCUUAGUUCAGAACUCACAUUAUCUCAGGGAUAAUAUUCUUGCAUUUGGUGGUGCUCCGGUAGUUUGACUCCUAACCUGGUUUCAUUUCCUUCCUGCAGUGGAUCUGGCAGUACCUGUGCUCCAUGCCCAGCGCUAUGUGAGUGGCUAUGGCCUUGAGACAGGAGAAAUCAGCACCCUAAUCUAUAACACACACCCAUACAGAGCUUUCCCUGUGCUUCUGCUGGAGACUGUGCCCUGGUAUCUGCGACUCUACAUCCACACGCUGACCAUUAUCACCAAGGGCAAGGAAAACAAACCAAGUAAGAAGGAGCCUCCUAGUAAUACUUCAUUUCCCAACCUGAUGCCCUCCGGAUGUUUGAGACGGCAACUUCCACCAGCCCCAGACAACAUUGCAGUGAAGAGCUUCUGCGUGUCAGUGCAGGCAGCUUUCUGUGUUCCAGUACAUGUACUGGAUCAUGUUCUAAGUUGAUAUGCCAAGGAAAUGGAGCAGAUUCAGAAAGGGAGGCCUGAGCUGAAAAGCAUGAAGUUUUGCCUUCAUAUCUAUACCCCUUAAGGAUAUGCAUAUAUAUCUAUAUCCCUUAAGGAGCAUCUCUUAAGUACAUCUGGCAUUACCUAUGCAUUUCUCAACAACUGGAUAUGUAGGCUAGCCAUAGUAAUUUGCUUUUUCUAUGUGUUCAGUGAUUUGGCUUGCUGAGCUCCAAAGCCCAUCCCCACCCCCCUUUUGAUGCAGUUUAUCAAUAACCUAUGUAAUAAUAAUAAUGAAUUAUUUAUAUCUCGCCCUCCUCAGCUGAAGCCGGGCUCAGAGCGGCUAACAACAAUAAAAGUAACACAGUUUACAUAAAAUCACAAUCAAUUAAUUGAAAUGCAUUCUAAAAUCAAUUCAUUCUAAAAUCAAUUCAAAAUCAAAUUAAUGGCAACCAUUGGGCUAGAGUUCUUUGUGGAUUACCGAAGGAGGGGUCAGACUGUGCCUUGGCCAAAGGCCUGGUGGAACAGCUCUGUCUUGCAGGCCUUGCAGAAAGAUGUCAAGGUCCCGCAGGGCCCUAGUCUCUUGUGACAGAGCGUUCCACCAUGGAACUGAGCUGAAAAAACUGAGCUGGCUCUGGUUGAGGCCAGCCUAACCUCCCUGUGGCCCGGGAUCUCCAAGAUGUUUUUAAUUUGAAGAAAGUAAGGUCCUCCAUGGGACAUACCAGAAGAGGUGAUCCCGUAGGUACAAGGGUCCUAGGCCGUAUAGGGCUUUAAACCAGCACCUUAAACCUGAUCCUGUACUCCACCAGGAGCCAGUGCAGCUGGUAUAGCGCUGGGUGAAUGUGAUCUCGCAGUGAGGACCCCAUAAGGAGUCUCGCUGCGACAUUCUGCACCCGCUGGAGUUUCUGGGUCAGUCUCAAGGUCAGCCCCACGUAGAGUGAGUUACAAUAAUCAAGUCUGGAGGUGACCGUCGCGUGGAUCACAGUGGCUAGGUCAGGGCGAGAGUGGUAAGGAGCCAAAGCUUAGCAUGAUAAUAUACCAUGGUAGGGAUGUAGUAGCAGAAAUGUGUAUUUGGAAGGCUUUGUGUAAUCCGUAAAUGUUUGACUUCCUUAAAAGGAAAUUAGUUUUACUGGCAGCAUUUGCAGUCACUUCUCAAGGAGAAGUGAAGCAUGUUACCCUGUUGAUGGUUUCUUAUAUUAUUUGUUCACUUCUGUGUGCUUUCCCGAGGUUCUGAGAGCCCCACGCUAUGUAUAUUUAUUCAAAAGAAGGUCCCAUUUUAUAUAGUGGGUGUGCAUAGGAUUGCAGCUCUGGACGCGGGUGGCGCUGUGGGUUAAACCACAGAGCCUAGGACUUGCUGAUCAGAAGGUCGGCAGUUCGAAUCCCCGGGGUGAGCUACCGUUGCUCGGUCCCAACUCCUGCCAACCUAGCAGUUCAAAAGCACAUCAAAGUGCAAGUAGAUAAAUAGGUACCACUCCAGCGGGAAGGUAAACGGCAUUUCCGUGCACUGCUCUGGUUCGCCAGAAGCGGCUUAGUCAUGCUGGCCACGUGACCCGGUAGCUGUACGCCAGCUCCCGGCCAAUAAAGCGAGAUGAGCGCCACAACCCCAGAGUCGGCCACGACUGGACCUAAUGGUCAGGGGUCCCUUUACCUUUACCUUUCCAUAGAAUUCAGUGGGGCUUUCUCCCAGGUAAGUGGAUAUAGGACAAGGGUUCCCUGCUAUUAACCCUGCUGAGGCCCCUGCAUUAGCUGUUAAGCAGGGAGCUUCUGACAGAGAAAAGGGGCAUUGAUGCUGUGCAAAGCUUGCAGCUGCAGCUCCUUUCUCUGCAAAAGCUGCUGCAAAAAAAGUAGAGGGGGGGGGGGAAAUGCUUCAGCAGAAAGGUAGGCCUUUGUUCCUUGCAAAUGUGCAAAAAGUGGCCUUGCAGCUUGCAGUUGCACGCUUACAAUUUUGAGGAUGCAAUUGCAUUUUAAAACUUAAAGCUAUGAAUAGCUGAAAGGCUAUGCUUGCAGUUGAGCUGCGCAUUGAGUAAUUUGCAUUCUUCUGCUAGGAUUCCUGAGAUCUUCCUGCCUUUUUCACAGUCAGAACUAAUAAAAGGUGCUAUAGAGCUGCUUCUUCUUUUUAAAUAAACUUUGGUUAAAAUAACAACAGAAGGAAAAUGGAAGGUGAAACUUGAGUGGUUAUGAAUUAUAUAUGUCUCUGUUCCCAUGGGAAAUGGCUGUGUGUUUGUGAGAGAUUGUAGAUGGAUCUGGCCUCAUCCACCACUGGAAUGCAGCUUUUAUUGGUAAUGCUGCCUUUGGCCAAAAAAGGUUCCCCGCAUUUCAUAUACGGGACUACAGUUUUUACAUACAGUAUUCUGACUGAUCUCAGUGCGUAAGAGCUCGUAUUCCAAACAAGAGAAAUGGAGGCGUUUGGAGAAAUAUUUUGUGAUCCAAGUUUGUUUUCCUCCCCAGAGUUGCUGGGGAGAUCAGUCAGGCCUAAGUUAAGAGUGUUCCUCAGGGCAUUAUGUAAACAUUAAGGGAGGGUUUUAUUUAUUCAUGUUGACCCAAGUGGUGUGCGAUGAUACCAUGUCUUUGGUGCUAGGUUACAUCCACUAUCAGCCAGCUCAGGACCGACAGCGGCCCCAUCUCUUGGAAAUGCUGAUUCAGCUGCCGGCAAACUCUGUCACAAAGAUCACCAUCCAGUUUGAGAGAGCCUUGCUGAAGUGGACAGAAUACACUCCUGACCCCAACCAUGGGUUUUAUGUGAGGUAAGGCUGCAGCUGUCCUCGAGCCACUCGCCAUCAGUGUUUGUCGGCCUUGGGUUUGUCUGUGUUGCAUCCCUUGUGACCAGGUUCAUAAACCCCCUCUCCUCCAAGAGGGACCCAUGAAGGGAUGGGAAACCUAUAUGGCUCUCCAAAUGUGGUUGGACUCCAGCUCCCAUCAGCCCCAACCAGCAUGACGAGCAGCUGGAGAUGAUGGAAACUGGGAGCCCAGCAGCUUUUAAAGGACCACAGAUUCUCCAUCCUUGGGCCGAAGCUCCAAGUAAUCUCUUUUUGUUUGGUUUGUAGCCCAUCUGUUCUGAGUGCCCUAGUGCCCAGUGUCAUUGCGAUGAAAGAGGAAGAUGAAGAUCAAAGUCCACUCUUUGCUUCACUGUGAGUGCAUUUGAUGACUGCAGAACAGAGAAGGGUGGGAAUGAGAUGUGUGAGAUUGUUAUUGUACUUCUGUUGAUUAUUGGAAACUGCUUCAUACCAGACGUUUCAGAUUAACCUAGCAAAGGCUGUAGCUAGACCAGCAUGACAGAAGUCUGUGCAAACAUAGAUAUCAAAGACUUUUCAUGAACUGUUUUCAGAAAUUACAACCUUGGUUAAUCUGAAAUUUAGUUCUGAACUGAAUGUAUAUUUUUAGCAGAUUCAAGAAGUAAAUUAUUUGGCUGCCUCUACACUGGCAUUUACUGUGAAAUAGCCAUGCUUUGCUGAUCUGCAUUUUACAGGGCAACCACAUGAUGUCAUGAACAAAACACCCUCUUCACAUUUUUCCUUGUUCGGUUUGUUCUCCCACCCCUACUUUAAAAAUUGUAUUGCUUUCUCCCCCCCCCCUUUCAAAUCAAGCACUCAGCAGAGUAGCUGUGCAAUUUCCCCAGGUGUAAAUGGGUUAUCACACUUCUAAUCUAGCAUGUCUGUUUUGUUUCUUUUUCUUCCCUAAACUGCAGCAGGGGAGGCAAUCAUGAUUUGAAGUGCAGUGAAAGGGCAGGAAAGGUAGCGUUUAACCCUUUCACAACAAACAGUGGUCUCAAUGAAAAUCUCCCUUCCCGCCCUGGACAUUCAUUGCUGCGGAAAAGGAGACUGCCCACCGGGGACUCAGCUACAUUAGUUAAAAUAUAGCGUUAUAAAUGCAUUAUGAAACCAGAUGGCACAGUAGAGCUGAAAUCACAACUCAAAUGAUAUUUUCAAUUGUGAACUUUGCAACGGUUUUUUGCAGAGCAUUUUUAUAGCUGUGUAGAUCUAGCCUUGGAGUGUCAGAAAUCUGGAAACAGAGUUGCUGUUAUACUUCCAACUUAAAACCAAAUAACAGUGAUCAGUUAGUGCUGAUUUUGUAAGCAACUUUUGGAUUCAAAUAGUGUUACUGUUGUGGUAAGUUUAAGGUUGUAAGGUUGCAUGAGACAGAGGCAUUAGCCGAAGUUGCAAGAUAUUGGACUUCUGCAUACUGCAUUGCAAUGAAGGCUCAUCUUCAGACCUCUCCACAAGUAUGGGAUGCAUGGAAAUGGGUGUGUAUGCACAUGUAGUUUUGCAGGGGAAUCUGCAUAGAGGGAAUUGCAGAAGACGGAGAACCAGUUGAGUUCUUCAUGUGGCACAGUGUCUACGGGGCGUUGCUUAUUUGAAAAGCACUUGCGCAUCGAAACCUUUCACAUGAAUAUUCCGUUUGUGAUUUGCAAUUUGAGGCUGCCCUCAAAGAUGUGGCACUCCUUCACUCUUGCCUAAUCUCCUGAUCUGAUAUGCUUGGAGACAAGGGUGGUAACACAUCAUUAUCUGAAUCAGCCCUUUGAGCUCUGCUGAUCUCCUCCUUCCUUCUCCCCAGGUUUCCUUCCUUGGACGGCUCCAGCUACUUUGUGCGCCUCUACACAGAACCGCUGCUGGUGAACCUGCCGACGCCAGACUUCAGCAUGCCGUAUAAUGUCAUUUGCUUGACCUGCACAGUGGUAGCUGUUUGCUAUGGCUCCUUCUAUAACUUGCUGACCAGAACCUUCCAUGUAGAAGAACCUAACAGGGGAGGCUUAGCCAAGCGACUGGCGAACAUAAUCCGUAAAAUGAGAGGCGUCCCACUUCUUUGAGGGCAGGCGAUGCAGCCGCUUCUUCAAGGACCUCUACUGCCAAGACUUGCUGGGACAAAGCUGCAAGAGGAUAGGUGGGUUUAAGGCAGAUGUAACACCUGUUUUGCCCUCUAGUUCCUUCACAGCCAAUAAAUCUGCUGUUUGUGCCUGCCUGCCACCAGCAAGGGAAGCAAUCACUGGUACUGGGACUGCAAGAGCAAAAUGCCCAAGGAUGAAGCUUGCUAAUUUAAGGGGAACUUCCAUUUGCCGGAAAAACACUGAAAAAUAAACAUGACCUGUUUCUGAACUAUGAUCACCUUGGCCUUGCUCAAACACGAGAGCCUGCACCACUUAACUCACCAACCUGUUUUUCAUUUUCUUCCACAGCAACUGAUUGCUGUGCUAAUUAUCAUUUUUUGAGCUGCCGUUUAAUGGAUGUAGUUGGAACGCUGAACCUUUGUUCAGGUCAGAGAAAAAAAGCUUGCAGAAAAAAUGCUUGGGGAAAUGGCAAAACUGAAGGCAACUAGAGAGAGUGCAACAGAGAGAAUAAAUAGCAUUUUAGGCCUCAGACUAUCUAAUUUUAGCAUGCUGUCUCUUGCUGUUUUGGAGAAGAGAGUAAGUGAGGAUAGGAGGCAGCUAUGAUUGAGAAAAUUGCUAGGGGGGGUUCAUUUGGGACUGUGGGGUUUGGGGUGGUCAGGCUGGGCACAGGGGACACUAUGAAAUAAAAGGGAAACCAUGCUGUGUGAGUCGAUGCCAAUUUGAUUUGCGUUCGUAUCUGCUGGUGAUGGGAAUAACCACUGUUUGCUGCAUAAGAGAGGAAGAAGACAAAAAAACCCAACUGUCAGAGAUGGAUAAGGAAUUCAAUAAAUAAAUGCUGUGUGGUGAUUAUGUCUUCCGUAACACAGGUUUUAAUCAGCUUUGUACAGUGGUGCCUCGCAAGACGAAAUUAAUCCGUUCCGCGAGAGUCUUCGUCUAGCGGUUUUUUCGUCUUGCGAAGCAAGCCCAUUGACGGAUUAGCGCUAUUAGCGCUAUUAGCGGUUUAGCGGCUAUUAAAGGCUUAAAGGCUUAGGGGAUUAGCUGCUAAAAGGCUAUUAAAGGCUAUUAAAGGCUUAGCAGAUUAGAUAAAGGGGGAAAGCGAAAAAAAUCUCAAGACUCGCAAGAUAUUUUCGUCUUGCGAAGCAAGCCCAUAGGGGAAUUCGUCCUGCGAAGCAACUUCAAAACGGAAAACCCUUUCGUCUAGCGGUUUUUCCGUCUUGCGAGGCAUUCGUCUUGCGGGGCACCACUGUACUUAACAUGUCUCCUGGUAGCUAUAGGUAGCUAGGUAUUCCAUGCAGGUGAAUGCAUAAAAUUCCAUUCAGGUAAGUUAAUGGGCCAGCACUGGUGGAGGAAAAACAGAGAGCCUCACACCUCCAAUUUGCUUUCUGUGCAAAUUGUGUCAGAUGUGUCAGGAUAGUGUCAGAUGAUGACGGGGUAACAGGACUUAGUGAACUGGGGGUGGCAGACAGAAGUCAAGAAUCGGCAGAAGAUAAAGCAGGUGAGUGGGAAGAGGGAGGCCAAGAGACAGAGAUGAGUCAGGCUGGUGAAGAGUCACAAGUAUCUCCCCCUCCUGCGACACACUGCCCACCUGUCUCCCAGAACCAGGAGAGGGCUGAAAUGGUUUGAGCAGCGAUAGGCUGCGUGUAGGCGCAGUCUCUGAUUGCUUGGGAAAACCCCUGGAGAGGAGGAGAGGGGACUUAAAAGAGCUGUGGGAAGGUGGGAACUUUCAGUCUCAGCAACUGAUUUCAUGGAGGAAGACCACUGGGAAUGAGCUGUUGUGCUGACACUUAGCCAAGUCUGUGGAGAUUGUGGUUUUGUUUUGUUUUGGUAAUAAAAAGUUAACUCCUUUGUGAACUGUGUGAUAACUAACUGGCACACUGUGACAUAUAGCAAACCCAUUCAUGACUCUUGAAAUGGUUUGAAAACCAAGGCUUCCUGUACUCAAUCAGAAGUCAUGUCAGAUGUUUGGCUUCCAAAAAACGUUCGCAAACAGGAACACUCACUUCCGGGUUUGCGUUCGGGAGCCAAAAUGUCCGAGUACCAAGGCGUUUGAGAACCAAGGUACAACUAUCUCUGAUUUAAUGCCUUUUUUCUGCUCUUUUUCCAGUUGUGUGCAGUGUCUCCUCCUAACCAGCAGGUGUUCCUAAAUCACUAUCAUACGUAGCAUUUGUGGAACACAGGAAACUGCUUUAUACGAAGUCUGACUUGCUGCAUCUUUCUCAGCAUUCUGUUGUACACCGGCAGUGACUAUUAAGGAUUUAAGAGAAGGAUUUUUACCAACCUUACCUGUACCUGACAGGGGUUCAACCUGUGUCCUUCUGCAUGCAAAGCAUCUGCUCUAGCACUGACCUAUAGCCCUUCCCCAUUCCUAUUGUUUUCCACCAUAAAUAUAUAUUUAUCUUGGGGACUCUUAACAUUUUUUAGCACAUGCAUUUUACAAUCCAGCUAGUAUUCAUGCACAACGCUGAUGAAGUGCAUGCAUACCACUGAGUUCAAUGGAACCUACUCACAGGGAAGUGUGUAGGUUUGCAGCAUUAGGCUGUGCAGAAAUGUUGCAAGACUUGAAUGUCCAUGUCUUUUGCCAUGGUGAAGAUUCAGCAGUCUGGAAAAGGCAAAUCUGAUUGAGUGCUCCUAGCUGACUGACAGAAAGGUACCCUGCUGUGUGUUUUAUUAUACUGACUGACCUGGGGUGGAAUAUUGCACUAUUUUCAACGCCAUCUGCUUUCAUUGCCAUCGCCCUGUUGCAGAUCAAGCAGGUGCUGCCUGUGGUCUCUACUGUGCUGAUCUGGAGCUGCUGAGUAGCCUAAAAUCAACAACUAUCGCCUGAAGGCUUCUCGCAUUGCAUAAACAUGCCCUCACUGCAGGUGUAUUGGUGUUACCUUAGCUGCUGACAUCAGCAUUCUUGUCUGAUGGCAGAGGCAGCAAAAAUAUUUAGCUCGUCUAUAUGAUGCACAAUGAUGGUAGCUUUUCUCACAUGCUUUUUGCAACCUGACUUGCAAGCAUACAAUAAAAAUAGGUUUUUUAAACAUGCGGGGGGGUGGGGGGGUGGAAACACACCAGAGGCAGAAAAACCUUAAAAAUUAAAAUUCAGCCAGUUUGAGAAGUUUACUGAAACCUAAAUGUCUUCCAAUUGCUUCUGAAAACUAUAUACAGUACAGCGGGUACCCGUUGCAUCUCAAAAGGGGAUGCUGUUCUACAAAACCGGGAACAGGAAAUCAUGGGUCCACGCUCUCUCGCUUAUAGACACGGGUGUGAGGGAGCGUUUGCAGCACUCCAGACUGCAGAUACCGCGUUUCCCAUUGCUUCCCGCUUCAAAAAGCUUCAGCAACCAGAACAGGAGCGCGCCAGACAGAGAGAGGGCUUGGUUAGAACUGUGUCGAUUCACUUUUUUUUUUUGCAAGGUGGUUGUUUUUUUUUGGCACAGACAACAGAAGCAUUCAAAAGUAGAUGAUGCGGCUACGAGAGGAAAAGAUCAACAUAUGUGUCAGGGAACUGACUUCGGAGCUAGAGGCGGAGGGAAGGCUCUCAAAUGAUGCUGGAGAAGGGCCCAGCAGGGAGAGAGGCAGCUCAGCAGAUGGGGAAGCAAUUCAGCGCAACACCAGGAAUAAAGAGGGGCAGAUGGGGGAAUCGGCGAGAGGGCUCCCAGACUAUUCACUGGACACCAGCGGGGAGAGCACGGGUCCUCCGCUACCCACGCCCUCCCUGCGCAGAAGAUUUCCAUGCAGAGAGAGUAGGAGGAGACUGGGUGUCAAACAACUUUUAUGUUGGAAAAGGUUUAAGAAACGCUCACUGACGGAUUCUGCUAGUGACUGAGGCAGCCACGAAGUGAAGGGCUGUCCAGACUGAAAGGUUUAACAAGGCAACAAAGCCAGGAGAGGCGGCAACUUACGCACGAGCAACCCAUACUCUUUACAAUAUGUUUGCAACAGGAGCGGGAAACCUGAAUUUAAGAAAUUGUAAUAAAUUUGGUUUGAUUUGUAAUAAUUUGGAAGAUUAAUAAAAAAUAAUUUGAAAGAAGCAUUCCAAAGCACCAUCUAUGCCUGCCUCCUGAAGUGGUCAGAAUCCAUACUGGGCCCAGCCUCUGGGUAACAAAAUUACUUUUCUAGGAGCGCAGGAGCAAAAACUUUGGCUGCUUAUUCAGGCUGCUGCUUCCUCACCCGUGUAAACACGAGGAACCAACUUCGGCUGCCGGUUUCGCGCAAGAGCCGCCCUCCUGCCGGCAACCAAGUCCGGGCCCCGCCCCCUUAUUGCAUAUUCAUCAUCGUGGAAUUGUCGAGCCAGCCGGAAGGCCCGUUACGCCGACGGGCUAGAGCCAAACUGAAAGGGCUGUCUACUGCAAUGCCUGUUUCAAACACAACGGGACGGUUGAGCUGGUGACCAGGCACCGCUUCGCCGGACGGAAGAAGACCCGUUUUUAAAGCAGGCCGCCCAGCCCUUCGGUAAGGGGUAGUGGGUGUGUAACGCUGCUUGCGCCUUGAAAGGAGGCAGUGGCGCGGGCGGCCCGGCUCUGGUCCUGAGUGGGCAGUUGGAGAGGUGGAGGGGUCCUGCGGGGAGUGACAGACGCAGAGACGGAGCCGAGGGCGUCGGGGAGGGAGGGAGGGAGAGCGGCCCAGCGGCGAGGCAGCGCUAUGGCGAGGAGCGCAGGUAAUGCGGAUGAGGGGAACGGAGAAGGGGCGCCUGAGGGCAUGUCUUCGCGGUAGAGGGGGCAGCUCCUGCCGGGGUGGUUCUGCUCCGCGCGUCAGCUCUGAGGGUGGAACCGUCCCUCGGGGUGGGGGUGGGGAAGUGCCGUUUUUCCGAACCCCAACGAGGAGCCCGCGAGGGGCGGCGAGGAAUCCGCAGCGCCCCCCGCUGAAUGUCUGCCUCCUUUCUGUUCGCUUCUCCCCAUCCCCAGCCUCGUCUGUUGUGCCCCAUGGGGAGCGCCACCCCCUCAAUCCCCCCACUGGUGUUUUUGAACCGAGGCCGCCUCAUUGGGAGCUCCGCCGUGUCCACAGGUGUGGGCCGGACACGGCCCAGGCGCCGAUCCUGCCCCCUCUCCGCCCGCUCCGCGUCCAGUGAAAAUUGACAUGCGGUGUGUCGGGGUUCAGGGGUGGACCAGAUGAAUUGCUCCUUUGCCCUCCCCCCCCCCUUAAAAAGUGAUGAUCGGCUCGUGUCAGGUGUUGUGUGUCAGGAGUUCCAGGAAUUCUAACAUCGUGGACCCUCCAGGUGUCGUUGCCCUGUGGACUCCUGGCCCCUUGGAUGUGCUGAUAGAGCCUGGUGGGAAUUGGGAGUUCAGCAGCAUCUGGAGGGCCACACACAGGUUAGCAACGUCUGGCAUAUCGAAUUCCCGACUGUCCGCUUGGAUUAUUAAGCCCGCUCUCUAGCUGGUGGAGAAUUCGUGGCCUUCCAGGGGUUGUUGGGACUCCCAUCAGCCCGCAGCCAGCGUAGGUGACAAUCAGUGGUGCUGGGAGUUGCAAUAGUAUCUGAAGGGGCUGCAAGACAUUGCUGCUUUCCCAUUCAAAAGAAAUGGCUCAAGUAGCUUGCAUGGGGAGUAAGAUAAACAGCAGCAUGCCAGUAUACUACAGCUGCCUAGAUUUCAUUUAAAACACAAAUUAAAUUGUAACGUCUAAGGUGUUUGUGCAUGUGUAUUUAAAUAUGUGUGUUUUUUUAAAAAAAGGAAUAGACAAAGCUGUGUGUCUGUCAGUGCCUGUUAGCCAAGAUAGUUAAAUGGAACCUUGAUGUACCAGGUGCUGGAGAAGAGCAACAUCUUCAUUUAAUGCCUGUUUGCUGUUUAGAGGCAUCUAGCAGGACAAUGAUUAAAGGAGGAGGGUGGACUGUCACUAGAAGACUAUGGUCUGAUGUUGCCAAGUAGCAGUACUUGCCUAAUCCUAAAAUAUUACUCUCUCAUUAAAUCAGGGGUGGUGAGUCUUUUUUCAGUUGACCAAAUUCCAUUGUGUGUGAUCUGUCAGAAACUAAAUGCCAGUAGUGGGCGGGCCUGAAUGAACAGUGGGUGUGGCACCACUCUUCUCUUUUCCUCUGCCCUGUUUUUUCUCUCUUUUUUGCCAUCCCUCCUCCUCCUCCUCUCCCCAUUUCCCCCUCUCAUGGCCAUGCAUGCAUGGCAUUAGGCCAAGGGCUGCAAGUUCUCCGCCCGCCAGUAGCGGUGCACCUUACUUGGAUGGUGUGGACCAGGCAUAGGCAAACUCGGCCCUCCAGAUGUUUUGGGACUACAGCUCCCAUAAUCCCUGACCACUGGUCCUGUUAGCUAGGGAUGAUGGGAGUUGUAGUCCCAAAACAUCUGGAGGGCCGAGUUUGCCUAUGCCUGGUGUGGACAUAGGGCAGAGUGACAGCUAGUCUGAGCCGCACAGAUAAACUGAUGGGAGCACCAGCAUAGCUUUGUCAAUGCAUCUGUGUAGCCCCAACCUCAUUGCUGUCAUGCCCCACCCUAACACUGUCUAGGUAAACUGCAACAGCACCAGUGCUGAGCUCCAUAGCUCCACCACAUUGGCUGCUGCUGCCCCACCCCCCAUAAAUUAUUGUCCUUAUUCAUAGUAACUUCCUUUCUGAUCACUGUCUAUGUUCUGUACAGGACCCCAUGCACAGUUGGCACCAAAUAUUUAAAAGUAUGAAUACUUCAAAACUAAAUGGAUUGUAGAAAUAGCAGAAUCUGUUUGGUAAAACUUUCCUGUGUUCUGGAGUCAAGGCAAUCCUUGAUUUUGGCAGCCUUUGCCAUAAUGAAGACCUAAUUGAAGAGCUCACAGAACAUUAGAUUUGCUUCUACCUCAUUUUCUGAGUACUUUUUCUUCUCAUCAGAGUGUGUAUGUGGCUCAGUAGGUAUAUAAUGGGUUGGGUAUGAGAAUACGUUUUUAGUGCCCCCACCUGUUCAAAAGCACUAAAGAUCUUAAAAGGAAGAAAUUUUCCUUUAACUGCAAAUUGGCAGCAAACAGCUUUCUGCAACUAGGGUGACAUGUGGCUUUUAGUUCUUUGGCUGGUAAGUCUUAAUGCUUUCUUGGAAACAUAAGAAGCAUGAAGUAACUAUUCUGCUACAUCUUCAUUCCAUAUUGGUUCAUUUUGUGGUACCUGAGUUUUAGCUAGUUAUGUGUGAAACUUCUAUGCAAAGAUGAUGGAUAAACAGCCUGAAGCCUAUACAAGAGUUGCUGUCUAAAAUGUUGCUGCUUGUGAUAACUGGAAUAAAAUUCUAGAGGCCACACAAGACAGUUUAGUUUGAAGUGGUGGGCUUGAACCUGGGAGAUUCAAGUUUGAUUCUCCAUCAUAAACAUCCUUGGUGAUAUUUUCUCAGACUUGGUUCUUUAAAAUGUGAGGUGGACAAGCCUCCCUCUCCUCCUAAGUUGCUGAGGAUGAACAAAGUAAAUACUGUAGUGCACUUCAGUAGCAAUUAUUUAUUAUUAGAGAGUAAAAUAAUAAUAAUCUGGAAUGUCACUGUUUGCUUUACUUCCUUUCUGAGGAGAAAUCUCCAUGUUUGUGCAAUUCCCAUUCAGUUUUUAAAUUACAUUUACUUUGUAUAUUUUCUCUUCCAGUUUCCCUUGCCUCUUUCGCCCUCCCCCGAGUGACCUUCUUCAGUACAGAAGUAUAUCAGCCUGCAAAAAUCUCUUCCUUGGAUGCCAGGUUGAAGUUGACAAUUGUGUAACAGUUGUCUCUCUCCUCCUGAGGUACUCUGAAGCAGCACUUUUGCUGAACCAUGCGCUUAACACAUUCAGUAAAUCAGCCUUUAGCAAUCUGGUGCUCUCCAGAUGUGUGCUAUCCUGGGUGGGACUGAUGAGAGUUGUAGUCCAAAAUAUCUGGAGAGUAUCAGAUUACUGAAGGCUGCAGUACAUUAAAAAAAAUUGUAGUGGUGGUCAAUGUGGUGUCCUCCAGAUGUUAUGGACUACAACUCCCAUCAGUCCCAGAUAGCAUAGCCAAGAGUUAGGGAUUAGAGUUUGUCCACCUCAUCUGGAGGGCACCCAAUUGCCUAUUUUGAUAGCACAGUUAUUUUGCUGGUGAUUGUCACAGAGUGAUCCAGCCAGUAAAUCACACAAUUCAAAUUUGGAGCUAGCUCUGUAUUAGGAAAACAUGAUCUCCACAUGAUCUCUUGGCUAAGUGUCAGGUCUAACGAACACAGCAAUUCAUUCACUGUUUGUCUUACUCCAUUAAAGCAGAUGUUAAGACUGAAAGUCCCUGCCUCCCCAUAGCCAUCUAAGUUUGCUCCUCUUCAGGGUUUUUUCCAAGCAAUUGGAGACUGCACCUGUGGGCAUCCUGUCACUGCUCUGCCCUUUUCAGCCCUCUUCUGGUUCUGGCAGACAGAGCGGGGAAGGGAGCUUUUUGUAGUAGGAGAGGGAGACAACCAUGACUCUUCACCAGCCUGGCUCAUAUCUGCCUCUUGACCUCCCUCCUCCCACUCACCAGCUUUAGCUACUGAUUCUUGACUUCACUCUGCCACAGACUCCCCCAGCUCGCUAAGCCCUGUUACCCAUUCAGCUACUGACACCUUCUGUUCCUAGUCUUCUCCCUCUGACCACUCACAGUUGUCCCACCACCACUCCCAUACUGGUUCCUCCCAUCAAUCCUCUGCAUCUAACUACAAUGCUACCCCCCACAGCCAGCAAGCACACUAAGCAAAUUGGAGGUACAAAUCUCUCUAUUUUCCCUCCACCUGUGCCAGCCCAUUAGCUUACCUUCUUUCAUUUUGACACAGGUAAACUACUUUGCAUUAUGCCACUGUCAGCUGCUACUAUAUAAAUGGGGGAAAUGUGAAGGGAAAAUUCAACUUGCCUAUAAAGCCUUGAAGUCAAUCUUGGUAUAAAGCCCAUAGGAUUCUAAGCAUUUCUCCAUUGUUCCCUUUGAGGUUUAUCUGGUGAAGAAAGUCACUCAAGAUAGCUACUUCACUGUAAUUGCAAAGCAGGUUAAUACAGGUUUUUGUUCUCUUUUAUUCAAAAAGUUUAUAUUGCUGAAUAACGCAAUGCCCUUUUUUUAGAAGGAAUUCUUUACUAACUAGUGAUCCAUCUUUCCUUAUACAGUAGUUCAUAGAAAUUAGAGAACAGUUAUUUGGGUAUCAAAGUUCACAUCUUGCACCCAUAAUUGUUCUUCCUUCUUUUUCUGAAAUCUCGGUCUCUUACUGUGUGGUUGUCACAGUAAAACAGUAUCCUCUAAACUUCUAAGAAUGCAAUUGCUAAAGGGAAAAGAGGAAAACCUUUGAGGCUGAAUAUCUUGUUUUGCUAAUUGAAGUAUAUUGACAUGAAAACCUGUAGAGAGAAUGUAGUAAAGGCUACGGGUAAUCUCAGAGUGACAUGACUCCCAGAAACCUCACCAAAGAGAAUAGGGAAAUGGAAGCAGCAGGGAAAGAGACAUCAUUUAUGAUGAAGCUGAGCAUGCUUUUAUCUACCUUGUCUACUCCCCUGAUACUAUUAAACAUACUUUACUUACAGUCCAGGUGACCUUGGUGGUAGAUUUUAAUAAGUGGCCUCCAGCUACAAUUGCUAAAGUGUUUUUUUAUUUUUUAUUUAUUUUACAAGCUGCAUAAGAACAGCAAGAUUUGUUCAGAUGAUAAUUUUUGGAGCAACAGGGAUUACUUGAGGGCUGUAGAGGCUCUGUCCUUUGCACAUUCCUAGUGGCUGAAUUUUGUUUUGACAGAGUUGUUUCCUGUCAUCAGUUGUAUUUAUUAAUGGUGCAUGAAGGGGAAGAUCCUAAUUUCUUUCAUCAAGCCAGCAGAGAAUAAUUUUAGUUAUCAGCAAAACAGUCAUCUUUUUAUUGUUUCCACAUUAAAGUAUUGAAAGUGCCGAACUGGAUUUGUGUGUGUUUCGGGAGUGAACAGGAUGUCAUUUUUUAGGGCUUUGUUGUAUCUCUUUUCCAGAUAAUCUGGAAUCAACAAGCAUGGUUGGUUUCUCAAUCCUCAAUUUCUCUUUCCUCGUGGAUAUUGAGUGGGGGACUCUGUGAGAGGGCUGCUACAACCUGUUCUAUAUCACUCCCACAUGCUGCUCUCACGUAGUUGGCAUGUAACUGCUUCUAAAUGGUAAGGGGAAUAGAGAGGUGGUUCUGGGGAAUGGUGGGAUAAGCGUUGAGGCAGAAACCUAAAAUUGCCAUUUUCAGUUUCUUGUACUUUGAUGCUAUUGCAGUUGUGGGAGCAUGGACAUCUACUAUCAUAUAUUUUUUUCUCAGUGAUUUGAAUGGAAGGGUUUGAUUAAAAUGCAAGUCAUAGCCCUAAUAUGUGCUGGCCAACAUAGCAUAGGCAAUAUCAGUGACAAUUGGCAAAGGUUAUUGUGGUGGCACCUAGCACCACCAUGAUCUUGGCAUUAGCAGGAGAUGAGGUUGUUCAGUGUAUUUCUUACUUCUCCUACAGCACUUGCACUCUUAACUUUUUUCAUUCUCUUGUUUGCCCUUUGCCCUUAUUCCAUACUGAAAGCUGUAUAGAUCUAAACCUGAAGGUGUGCCUUGUGCCUUUUAUAUAAUCAGCUUUGUAUUAAGUCAGUCCAUUGUUCUGCUUGGUAUCAUCCACUCUGACUAGCAUUGCUUCCCAAGGGUCUCAGGUGGAAGGCCUUCCCCACCCUAUUGUCAAAGAUCCUUUCAUAACACGAGAUGUCUGCAACUGAACAUGGAACUUUUGCAUGCACAGUAUGUGCUGUAUCACUGAGCUGUGGGUCUUCCUUUCUCUAAACACAGCAAUAUAUGGGAGAGUGGUAGACAGUUUUUGGCAAGAUGACUAGAAAUAACUGAUUUAAAGCCUACUGAAAUUAAAAUGUCGUAUGCCAAGGGAAAUAAUACAGCCUGGUCAAGACACUCAAGCCAACAAAAAAUGCAGUAUAGAAAGCAUUUAUUUUAGAUGCUGUAUAAAUCUGUAGUGGAUUAGCCUAUAUCAUAUAUAAACUGCUUCUUAUUUGGGGAGCAGUCAUGUAACGUAUGACACACUCUCAUUCCCACUUCAGCAGUCUCCUGCCUGUCAGACCCUGGAUCUACAGGAACAAGCAGCUGCAUCUCACAAGUAGAAAACUAAUUCAGACUAUGUUCUUAUGAAAAAGAUGUAUCUCAAGACAGCCCUCAAAUCAGAUAUACUUUACACAUAUGAAGAAUGAUAGUACAAAGAGCCAACUCAUGGAGUCCCUGGCAAGAGAGAGAGUACCUGGGAAGACUGGUAUUACAGCUGAGGUUCAUGGGAGUGGAAAAGUCAGACAGUCCAUUAUAACUAGUUCUGCUGCUGGAGGAAAGAAGUAGUUCUACUGAACAUGUGGUUCUAAUAUUAUCAUGCUGUGUAAGAAUGAAGGCAACCCCAGAGGCAUUGGAAUCUCUCUCAUCUGCACCCUAGGGAGACCAUUUGCCAGAAUGAUUUUUGAGGGUACUCCCAGUAACUUUAUGCUUCAGUGCUUUGGUAGGCACAGUCCCACUUCUGUGCAAGCAGAUCAAAAACAAAUAUGAUCUUUUGUCUGCACCAGCUAUGAGAGAAAUGCAGAGAACAAAGUAAGCCACUCUACCUCAGUUCUGUUGAUCUUAGCAAGGUAUUUGAUGUAGUCAGCGGAGUAGGAUUCUACAAGAUCGUCAGAUGUCCUCAAGCUAGUCUUAUCUGAUGUUUCCAUGGCAAUGUGCAUAAUACUGCACAGCUCAACAGAGCCAUGUAUGAUAGCUUUUCAUCUGAGAGUUAAGGGAAACAGCAUUGCAUCCCUUUGCUAGUUCUUUGUCACCUCUCUCUCAGUGCUCCUGGGAGGCACUCUUUGCUGCCACAAAGGAGAAAUUCCUAUUCACAAAGUGUUUUGCUACUUACCUACAAAUAAAUCUUGGGCAGAUUUUGCCAUGUGUAUCUCAUGUUUUGUUAGGGUUAGGGUUAGACUAGCAUUAAGAAAGCCAUUGUCAAGGAGCACUAUAAAAUUUCUCCUGAAGUUGGUAACUUUGCUCUGUUAAAUUCAUGAUGACAACUUUGCACCCAAACAAUAUUUGCACUCAGGCAACUGAACAAUAUUGUUGUUUGUUCUUCUAUCCCGCCCUUUCUCCCAUGGGAACCCAGGCUGGCUAACAACAAGCAUAAAAUACAAACAUGAUAAAGCAAUAAAUAAAACAUAAAAAUCUAUAUCAAGAACUGAAAACAGUACAAGGACAAUAAAACUUUGCUGGGGUAGAGUCUGAUGCAUAAUGUUCCAAGCCCAGACAAAGAAAUAUGUUUUCAGUUGGCACCUGAAUCUUCUAAACAGUUGAAUUUUCCCUGGAUGGGAGUUCCACAAUGCUGCAUGAAACUACUGAGAAAACUGUAUCUUGUGUCACCAUCCAAUUAAACUACCCCAUUUAUUAAACUAUGGCUUAUUAUGGUUAAAGUUUCAUUAAUUGUAGGAUGGGUUGUCAUUCCUUUUUUGUUGCUGACAGUACUGGUGUGUGUGAUGCAUCAAGAAGGCUGUACAAACCUGAUCCUCCAUGUUUUGUUCCCUUCAUUCAUGCCACAUACCUGAUAAAGGAAAAUUGAACCCAUCCCUGGGUGGGGAAAUUUCACUGCCCAGAUUCUACAAAUUUAUGGCUAAAUUCUCUUUAACAUGGGUUUUCCAAAAGACCUUUGCCUUUAUGUUGAGCUGUAAAUCAUUUUUCAGAUAGAAAGAAAACACUUCUUGAUUAGUCUGUGUCAUUUAAAGUUUUUUAUUCCUUCAAACUGAAGUACUUUAGACACAGUCCAUGAUUAUCUUCGUCUAUGUGUCUCCCAGCAAGCAUGUGACAUCAGACAAAUUCUUCACAAUGGAGUAUAUAUAGAAAAUCCACCUGGAUUGAGCCCAGUGUGACCUGAUCUCUCUGUUUUCCAAUGGCUGGCCUUCAGAAAAUAAAGAGUUAUUCUUUUCCUUCCUUUCUUAACAAUUAGCUAUUUGCUGGUAGGGCUACAGUAAGUUUUCCUCUUAGUUGCUCAACAUUCAUAAUGCAAAAUCAUUGUUGUUUCCUCUUGUCUGAAGCUCAAGUGACAGGGUAUGCACUUCUAGGCUUUCCUUUGCAUUUGUCUCUGCAGUGGCCAUAGCCUUAGUAAUACUUGCAUUUGGGGGAGCUGUGUAUUAUUUGAACUGGGCUUUUUCAGUAGUUCUCUUUCCAACUCUUGCUUCUGCCUCCUGUUUGUAGAUGGAGCAAUGACGACUGAGAGCUGCAGCUUAUCUGGAGAAGGCAAGAAGCCUUUGAUGGUUGGGAGGGCAGUGAAAGGUGUCUGAGAGUAGGAAGUUCCUCUGGAUACAAAUGGCCAAGAAUGUAGGGUUCUUAAUCAGGGCUCUACAAAUCUCUGGUUUACCCACUAAACAUAUUUGAUAGGGAAUGUCACUAGUUGAAAGUUCUUCAUAUGCAUUUUCAGCGGUCCCUACAACAGAGUCAGAGAGGUAGUAACAUUGGGCAAGCAACUUGGUGAAUUCAAGACUGAGGGAAGAUUUGAACCAGAUACAGUGGUACUUUGGUGCUCGAACGACUGGGUUCCUGAACAAAUCUGCUCCUGAAUGCUGUAAACCUGGAAGUGGGUGUUUCGGUUUGCGAACGUUUUUCGGAAGCCAAACGUCCACCGCAGCUUCCGCUUUUUCUGAUCGAGUGCAGGAAGCUCUUGCAGCCAAUUGGAAGCCGCGCUUUGCUUUUCGAACUGUUUCAGGAGUCGAACGGACUCCCAGAAUGGAUUAAGUUCAAGAACCAAGGUACCACUGUACCUUGUGCUCUCACACUUGGCCAAUAUAGCAUAACAGUGGUCUCAAAAUAUGAAGAAAAUAAAAUCAAGAAGAACUCUGAAGGUGUGCUGAUCUUUUCAUGUUCCAACUUUAUUGCAGCGUUCGUGUAAGUGAGGGAGAGAGAGGAGUGUGUGUGAAUUAAUUUAGUAGUUGUGUGUGUUCAGAUGCUGUGUUCACAAGUACUGACAACAUGGUAGAAUGAAAUUGACCUUGGUUGCCUAAUGGUUCUCAAACUACAUAGGAACACCUGUGACAAUCACCUGUACAUGAGAUAGAAGGAUGCCACAAUAGAUUCAUGCAUCUUCUGUCUCUUCCCCCAUAGGCUACAAGAAGGAACCACUAGAGCAGGGGUAGGCAACCUAAGGCCCAGUGGCCGGAUGCGGCCCAUUCGCCUUCUCAAUCCGGCCUGUGGACAGUCCAGGAAUCAGAGUAUUUUUACAUGAGUAGAAUGUGUACUUUUAUUUAAAAUGCAUCUCUGGGUUAUUUGUGGGGCAUAGAAAUUUGUUCAUUCCCUCCCCCCCAAAAAAAUAUAGUCCAGCCCACCACAUGGUCUGAGGGAUGGUAGACUGGCCCACGGCUGAAAAAGGUUGCUGACCCCUGCACUAGAGCUUGGGAUUGCAUGGACCCAGGGAAGUGGCAGCUGGGGGAAUGAGGCUUUGGGAUUUGGAGUGUGAAAACUACAGUAGGGUUUGGGGAGCUGGGUUGGAUUACUACACAAUGCAAAUCUAAAACACUUGGAAAAUCCAACUUGCUGACUUGUCCCCUCUUUUUUCCCCUCUCCCCCCACCUUUCUGUUAAGACUUGCUCAUAUAUCACCACACGUUUUUAUGAAGUCAGCCCAUCUGAUUCUGGAAGAGUUGAAUGCGCAGAGGAGACGUUUUACACUGCCGUUUUGGAUUGCUGCCAUCACUGUGACAUCCUGAUCACUAGACACCAUGUACUGCCUCCAGUGGUUACUGCCUGUUCUCCUCAUCCCAAAGCCCCUCAACCCAGCCUUGUGGUUUAGUCACUCAGUGUUCAUGGGCUUCUACCUACUGAGCUUUCUGUUGGAGCGGAAACCUUGCACAAUCUGUGCCUUGGUCUUCUUGGCCGCCUUGUUCCUCAUCUGCUACAGUUGCUGGGGGAAUUGUUUCUUGUAUCACUGCUCUGGCUCCCAGCUGCCGGACUCUGCUCAUGAUCCCAAUGUGGUUGGCACCUAAAACCCUCUACCUGGUUGCAAGCUCCUUAUUUCUUUUUCUUUUAAAAGGACGGUUUUAUGGGAAGGAGGGGUUAUAAGGCAUGUGAUUAGAGUACAAGCAACCUGUUUGUAUGUCUGGAUUAAAGUGUUUCAUUCAUGAUCACCUGCCCGUCCACAAUCUGCCUGUAAAAUUUUACAAAAGCUGUUUAUGGUGAUAACGUUGUUGUCCUGGGGUUGAAACAGAGCAGUUGGUGGGUGGCCUUUUCCCACCCCAUUUUUCCUGCCCUGUAUUACCUGCGUUUGGUCCUUCUAUUUCUGACUUGGUGGUGAAGAGACAUUUUGAGUGUUGCCUGACGCUGGAGUGGUCUCACUCCUUGCCUAGUUGAGGACGCAGCCAUCAGUACUCUGGAACAUGUGUCAUCUGAUCCUGUUGAAAUUGGAAAGCCUCUCCAUUUUGCUUUUGAUAAAGAGCUAGUGUUCCUCAUUCCGAACAUCGGGGGGGGGGGGAGUUUGCAAAUGGCUAAUAAAGUUUAAAAGCUGUUGGAGCCAGGAGGCUGCUGAUUCAUCACAGCAGGCCAAACUGGAAUGUGUGCACUGCCUGAGUCCUUUCCAAAAUACUUAUCUGCAUAGAUCAUAGCUCAAAAAUCCCAGAGUUGUCAUGAUGCCACUUUUACUACACAGGCACUGGAGCCUGCCUCACCACCCCACCCAGCCAAAUAUCCACAGUUUACCAGUGGUCUUGAAUUGAAAAGAAGCAUGCUCUGUUGUAAUGUUUCAGGAUCCCUCUUAUUAUUUUUGCUGUUGACUUUUAAGCUCUCAGUGUUUCUAACCUGAAAAGGCGAACAGCAAGUGCAAGUAGAGAAGCUUGUAUGUGCUAAGCCUGACGAGAGGUAUGGGCUGCUUCUGGAUACUGGAUUGGAGUUGUCACUUGAGUGACUUGCUGCUUUUUUUCUUGCUUUUUUUCCCUUUUGAGGCCAAGAGUAUUAUUACUAUCGCUCAUCACAAGUAAAUGAGCCUGUGCAUGAAUUUAUGGGAGGAAGAAAGCAACUAAUGGUUAAGCUGCAUCUUCAUGUGGUUCUGGGAAACCUUUUUGUGGUGAUGCCUGGAUCGUAGCUUAUCCCCACCCUCAAGCUUUCACUCUCUUGCACAUCAGUAAUUUCCAGAAAAUAAAUAUGUUUCUUCCUUAGGAAACGUUUGUUUCACUGAAGCAUAAGCUAGUCCUUUGGGGGAAGCAGGCAUACACUUUUUGGAUAACAUUUCAAGGUUAUGCUCUUGUUUUGCCACCUGUUUAGCUCUGCACAAUCUUUCCCUGGAAGAGCAUUGCUGAAAAUGCUUUUUCUUUCCAGGGGAGUUGGAAAUGAGAAACCAAUCGUGAAACCUCCACAGAGAUUUUUUUUUUAUUUUUUGUUUGUUCAUUGCACAGCUGUUCAAAAGGUUUAAUAAAGCUUUAUAAACUUUGGUCUGUGGACUAGUGCCAUUUAUGAUGCAGUCACUCUUGUUGGACUAAGGCCUUCGGAUUUGCAGCAUUUUAACUCCUCUUCCCCCUACCUGCUUCUGUUCCCAGGACAAUUUGCUUGGAAGCCAAAGCAAAGAAUAGAGUUCAUCUUGUUUUAUUCACUUUCAUGUGGCAGUUCAGACACUGACCUGCUGACCCUUCUCACAAAGUGUUUUGAUGACCAUUUUUCUGAGUUCAGAAAGCACUAUAUAUAUAUUUUUUGGGGGGGGGGAUAACUUACCACCUAGGCUAUGUCAGUGCUUGAAGAACUAUAAAAUUGGAAUGGAAGUGGGAAACAAUAAGCAAGAAACCGGAGGGGAGGGUACAGUGGAAAGGAUAGUUGGGGAAAGUGGCAGCAGCCAGGCUAGAUGACAACACAGCUUAAAAGAAAGAAAGAGAGAGGACACCAUUUCUGAACUGGCAUGGGAUGAGGUGAUUUGGGGUGAAGAUGAAGCUGCUUUUAGUGCAUUGAACCCCCAAGUAGUCACUGGGUUUUUCCCCCUUAGUAGAAUAACACAGCUAAUGUGCAAGUCUUUGGAACUUGUAUAUAUGGGUAAGUUCUGUGUUUUAAACUACUGUACUCCUGAUUGACUUUCUGAGCUCCUAUAUCUGAUACUGCAAUUCUCUAUACACAAAAGAACUGUGAUCCAGCUGGGAACUGGCAACCCUUUCUAUUACUAUUGUUGGAGCUGCAUUCUUUCUUAGUUGCAAGAGAUGAUUUUACAAGCUAGUGGAGGCGGUGGAGAUCAAAACUGUUUGUUUGAAAUGAUCUAUGGCUUCAACACCAAGCGGCUUUUCUCCCUCUCUGCUCCCCACUUUGCUUGACAUUCAUCCUGAUGAAUGUGUGCUCACUAAUUUGUGACAUUUUGGUUGGCCCUAAUAAAGGAAUUGUCUGACUCUGGAUUUUGGCAUUUUUCUUAUGGAUUUACCCAUCUAACUUUUAUGUUUUGCUUUCUGUGUACGGUUUAUAGUUAUGCUUGGGUUUUUGAUUGCAGCCAUUGCCAAGGUUAGCUUUCACGUUUUGUGUUUCUCUCCCCAUUGCAGUUAUAUUUCCUGGCCAUUGGCAUGGGGCACUCUGGGUUUUUUGUGUUCUCUAUCUGUUGCUUGUUACUAUGUGGAUGCCAUUGGAUCAGUUUGACAUUAUGUACGAUCAAAGCUGGGCUGUGUAAACUUCCUUAUUUUUAACAUUAAAAGCACACACAUGUGGAACCCAAAACACAAUUUGUGUUCCUGAAAUAACAGGGCAGUUUAAACUCGUGUGUGUAACAGAAAAAGUAAGUUUAAUGUAAAUGCCAAAAUCCAGGAAUUGCAAUAAACAAAUAUUUUCAUCAAGCCCCAAACUCGAAGGCUUAGUGGGCAGCAGAAUGGGGAGAAUUAGCUGAUAUGCAAGUGAAAUGUUUGGCAAAAACUCAGAGUGGUAGAGGGAAAGAAAAGAGGAGAGGUGUUAGAAAGUGGCAAUAGGUGGUCAGCCAUGUAAGACUGACAAACAAGCAAUAACAAAAUAGUUUGUAAACUAAGCUAUUAGAGCAAGUAGGUUUUGAGGCCUCAUCUCAAAAAUGAUAUUCUAGAAUUGGAACAGGUUCAGAAAAGCACAACCAAAAUAAUAAAUGGGAUUUGAUUACUAUGAGUAGGAGGUGACAAGAAAGAAAUGUAUACAAUUAUUACAUUGUAUAGGGAUAGGGAAAGGCUUUUCUCCCUCUAACUAGAACUCGUGGACACUUGUGGAAGCUGAAUGCUGGAAUAUUCAGGACAGCGGGGAAAUACUUAUUCAGAUAGUGCAAAAACACUGGGAUUUUGCUCCCACAGGAGGCAGUGAUGGCCACAAACCUGUAUGGCUUUGAAAGAGGAUUAGACAAAUCCAUUGAGGAGAAGACUAUCAGUGGCUGCUAGCCAUGGUGGCUAUAUUGUACUCUUGCCCAUACUGUACUCUUGCAUACGGCCGGAGCAGUAUGCUUCUGAAUACCAGUUUCUGGAAAUCACAGGAGGAGAGAGUAAUGUUGCGCUCAGGUCCUGCUUGUGUGGCCUCUGAGAACAGGAUGCUGGAGCAGAAGGCCACUCACUGGCCUUGAUCCAACAGGGCUAUUCUUAUCUUCUUAAUUGCAACAAGGAAACGAUGAUGGUAAGAUGGGAAAAGAGUCUCCCUACUGCUUAAGGCUUUGCCUAUCUAUCACUCCUGGGCUAUGAGCCUUCUGUUCCAGAUUAUGAAGGUUGAUCAGUUAGGUUAUGAAUUCUCCACCCCGCUAUCCCUCCCUGUCCUAAAAACGGCUAGAUGCACAGACCUUCUUCACAAAAAAUGGUAGUGACCUGAAACUUCUCAGCAUGUGAGGGGGGAAAAUUGAAGAGCAAAAGGCUGUUGCUAUUGUGCAACAGCGGAGCCUGGCCUUGUGCACUUCACUUUCCUUCUUCCUUGCUUUUUCUCCAGCUUGUCACUUUCACUUUGUAUUCGGAAACACUCCGCUUGAUGGCACAAGCUUGCCUGCUGCUCUGCAAUUACACUGACAAGCUAAUGUGCCCUUUGACUCAGCCUGUGGAGGACUCCCGUGAGGGGUGUGACAGGCAGCGAUGCAGCCAAAAGCACAGCAGACACUUCAAGACAGAAUUUUUAAAAGCAUGGGAGGGGGCACAGGAGCACGGAGGCACAACACUUCUGCUCUGCUUCUCUAGUCUCUGUCCUUGAACAUUUCAGUUAAAAUGCAAGGCUUUCAAUGCACCCUUCUGUAGACACUCACUAGGAUCCAAAGAACUGUGAAACCAGUGUCCUAAGAGACUUUGGCUAUUGGUUUUCCCAUACAGGAGCUUUGCACGGAAUGCCAUAAAACAUUUACUGGACUGCAGGGAAUGGGUUUCAAAAGCAGCUUGCAGGAUGGGAGUCAGCUGUUCAAAGAGAAGAAAAAAGGUCAACAUGUUUCAGUAGGUUAGCUUUUUUUUGUUUAAUUCUGGCCCACAUUUUCACAUAUACUCCCUGUCUUUGGCUCUGCAAGAACUAAAUCAUCCUAGGUCCCUUCCAUCCCUAAACCUGCCACUUGUGCCUUCAGCUGCCCCUUAAUUUUAGAAGAAAUGUUGCUGUUUUCACUCCUUCAUAAAGGGAAAGGGAAAGGAACCCCUGACCAUUAGGUCCAGUCAUGGCCGACUCUGGGGUUGCGGCGCUCAUCUCACUUUAUUGGCCUAGGGAGCCGGCGUACAGCUUCCGGGUCAUGUGGCCAGCAUGACUAAGCCAAUUCUGGCGAACAAGAGCAGCGCACGGAAACGCCGUUUACCUUCCCACCGGAGCGGUACCUAUUUAUCUACUUGCACUUUGAUGUGCUUUCGAACUCCUAGGUUGGCAGGAGCAGGGACCGAGCAACGGGAGCUCACCCCAUCGCAGGGAUUUGAACUGCUGACCUUCUGAUCAGCAAGUCCUAGGCUCUGUGGUUUAACCCACAGCGCCACCCGCGUCCCUUUCACUCCUUCAUAGCUGUUUCUUAUUCCUGAGCUGUAAAGGUAGGGAGGCACAAUUUAGGUUUAGGGGUUUCUUGCCAGUCUUCAAGCACCAGUGGUAGCACCAGCUUUCCUCUUGUGUCUCUAGCUCCUAGCCAUGCAAAGUCAGAUUAUUUGUCCAUCUAACUUAGUAUUGUCUACUCUGACUGGCAGCGACUCUGCAUGGUCUUGGGUAGAGCUCUUUCACAGCACUUCUUAUCUGCAUUUGUUAAUCCAUGUUUCUGCAUCCGAUGGGACUGGUGAGGUUUAUUUAGUUUUAUCAUAGGUAAUGAAGGAGUGACCAUUUUAAUAGGGCAGCUCUUUACGAGAUAGACCAUAUAGCUCAGGGAUAGGCUUAGUAUGCAGAAAGUCUUUGGUUGUGUCCCUGACGUCUCCAAUUAAGAAAGAGUGUCUGUGAGUCCUGAACAUCUGCUUGCAAUUGGGAGUACUGAUAGGGUACGCUGUCCUCAAUGGACAAGUAAUUGGACCUGGUAUAAGGCAGCUUCUUAGGUUCCUAUGAGCAGAUGUUCCUGUUCGAUGAUGAGCUGCACAGUGCAUUACUACACAUUAUGCUUACUGCAGGAAAUUCAUGAAGUCUAGAAAUAAAGUGUGUGUGUCUGUCAAACAUCUAUUUGUCAAUACACAUCUGUGAAACCUAAUUGGCUGCUUGCUCUCACAGUGUGUGAAGAAACUAAUGCUGAAGCAAACUGUAUUAGAGGGACAUCUGGUGGCAGAAUAUUGGUAUUACAACAAACCAUAUGGAAGGGAGAAGUAUGCCCCCGGUCUCAUUUAAGUUUCACUUCUCUAGUGAGCUCAAAUCACUUUACAUGUGGAUUCUGGGAGUGGGGGGGGGGCAGUCUUGGAAAACUACAGAGCUAGACUUGUUUGGCUUCAGCAGCAGAGCUGUCUAAUAUUCUUUUGGACCAUUGUGUUCUAUUCCACAGGCUUUAUACGAUUUAACAAAUAUUUUAUCCCUAGCACAGGUCCAUAUGCUGCUUAAGUUAUAUCUCCCCACUGUGAGGCUGGGUAGCUCAGAAGGUAGCACAUGAGACUCUUAAUGCCAAGGUUGUGGGUUUGAGCCCCACGUUGUGUGAAAGAUUGGACUAGAUGUCCCUUGUAGCCUCUUCCAACUCCUCAAUUCUCUGAUUCUAUUAUUUUAGUUGCUGGGGUGCUUAUUUGAAUACUUGAUUUUAUAUCCCUUUUCUGUUAACUUUGCUUUCUUACCAAUGCAAGGGAAUGUAAUGCAACUGUGGACAAGGACAAAUAAAAUCACAGUGACUUCUG